AUGAUCGCGAGGAAGAUCACGGGGCCCGAGACGGGCGAUGCUCGUGUGCGCAACUUUAGCAUCGCGAGCGCUGGCAGCGUCAACAGCAUCAACACGACCGUGAGCUACAAGAACCUGCACGCAAGCCCCGACGCCGUCCUGGCCACGGGCGUGCCCUGGGUGCCGGACCGCGCGGCCGACGACUGCAUGGUGUGCCAUGUCGGCUUCUCGACCUUUCGCCGCAAGCACCACUGCCGAAACUGUGGCGCCCUCGUUUGCAGCAACUGCUCCCGCGGCCGCGCCCGCCUGCCCGGCCUCGGCGACACCAAAUGCCGCGUCUGCGACGUCUGCCAGCGCCCGGAGCUGCCCCAGAGCCUGUGGCAAGAGUGGAAGUGGAGCAUCGAGAUCCUCUGUUCUGGCUCGCGCAUGUCGGGCUGGUGGAGCCAAGUCCUUCGGCGCACGCCAGGCAUCUACGCCGCCUUCGAGGACGUCGAGGCGCGUGCCGAGUACUUUGCGGAGCUCCAGGCGCAGCCCGGCGCAACGCUGCUACUCUUUGACCACGCCGCCAAGAUGGCUCAGGAUUUACAGCAAAUCGAAAUGGACGUCGACCGGACGUUUGGCCCGCAGACCGCCGACACGUAUGGGCCGCUCGUCACCUACGCGCUCCGGAAAGGCAAGACGUGGAAGGACAUUGUGACGUGGAAGCAUGCGCUGCGACGCGUCCUCACCGCGUACGUGGUCUUCCAGCCCACGAUCGGCUACUGCCAAGGCAUGGACUACAUUGCGGCGAUUUUGCUCUACGGAUCCAAUUGGGAGUGCCACCACGCGUUCCGGCUCCUCGUGGCGCUCAUGGACAAGUACGACCUCGGCGGCGUCUGUGCCCCGGGGCUCCCGCUCCUCAACCUCAAAUUUUACCAACUGGACGAGCUCGUGCACUUUCACCUUCCGGACGUCCAUCAGCACCUUUCGCUGCACGGCAUCCACCCCAACACAUACGCCUCCGGAUGGGUGCUCUCGCUCUUUGCCAACUUCAAGACGCUCCACCCAGCGCUCGUGCUCUCGUUCUUUGACGGGUUUUUCGCAAAGGGCUGGAAAAGCUGGUAUCGCGUCGCCCUCGCGAUCCUCGCGACAGCACGGCAACGGCUGCUGCAAACGCACACCGCGACCGCCCUCAUGGAGCUGCUGAAUCAUGACCUCGCAUCCUUGUUCCCCGAGAGCGAUGACAAGUGCCGCGAGUUUUUCGCUCUCACGAGCCACUUCAAGGUGACCAACGCGGCGCUGCUCUUCUUUGAAGACAACUUUGCGCGCAACAGCACAUGCGAGAGCACAGUAGUGAUCGAGACGAGCGCCAUUUACUGCAGCAACCGAAGCGACGUGGCAAGGGCGCCAUAG